AGAGCUUCCUUGUUGUAAACUGCUUGAGAGCGCUGACAGCCAGUCAACUUCAAAAGCAGCCAGGAGAAACUUUCUCGCUGCAUUUGGGAAGGAAUUAAAAAAUGCUGCAAGGUGCAUAUGAUGUUGUUAUGGAGCAGGAGGACUCUGUGGCCCAGCAUGAAGAGAUGACAAGUUGGGAUAUCAACGACACCAGACUUCCCCAGGAUGUAAGACAGAUAGACUGGUUUCAAGAAUGGCCAGAUUCCUAUGUAAAACACGUCUACAGCUCAGAGGAUAAAAAUGCUCAGAGGCACCACAGCAGCUGGGCAAUGAGAAACACCAACAACCACAACUCUCGCAUCUUAAAGAAGUCCUGCCUUGGGGUGGUAGUCUGCGGCAAUGACUGCUCCACCUUGGAUGGGAGGAAGAUCUACCUAAGACCAGCCAUAUGCGAUAAAGCUAGGCAAAAACAACAGCGGAAAUGCUGUCCAAACUGCAAUGGACCUCUGCAGCUCCUUUCCUGCCGAGGCCAUGGUGGUUACCCAGUUACCAACUUCUGGAGGCAUGAAGGCCAGUUCAUAUUUUUUCAGUCCAAAGGAGCUCAUGACCAUCCACGUCCAGAAACAAAACUAGAAGCAGAAGCAAGAAGAUCAAUCCAAAAAGCACAGACAGCUUUUUCUCCAUCUUCUCCAAGGUUAAAAAGAAUCCGGGAGAUUGAGUCUCUACCAGGUGCGACGCAGACGCAGGAGGCUUUGCCUUUGCUCCUCUCCAAGACGGACGCUUGCCUUCAACCUGCUAAUGUUGGCGGACAUCAACCAUUUCUUCACGUCUUUGAAGAUGGGUAG